CACGUUUUCCAGACAAAAGAGUGCAACAAUCUGAUGUCGUCUGAACUUGACCAACAAACCAACGACAUCACCACCCAGCUAGCAAGCACUUUCCGUAUCACUGAUGACCAGGAGGACCCGCCUUCUUUAUCUGCUGUGAAUGAGAACCCCACGCAGCACAUAGAAAAAGGUGACGAUGUAAUAUCUCUGCACACUCCGCCUGAAUGUUCUUUCCCAAGCAGCUCCCAAACAUCUCACUCUUUAUCUACCGCUCCUGAGAAGCCCGAUGAGGUACCGUCUUCCUCGCAUCAAUCCGAUUCGCUCGACAUCGAUCAUAUAAUCACAACAGGGCGUGGUCUGACCGGAAUAUUGAAAAAGCACAAAGACAAGAAAACGUCCAAGAAGGUCAAAUUCGCGAUCACCCCUACAAAAGUUGUGAAGCGCUACAGAUCAACAGAAGGUGGGUGCUCUUUAGUCCAGAGGCAUAUGAUGUGUUCACGAUACUUUCCAUCCAUAAACAGCCAUAAAUCCGGCCGAAGCUUGAAACAAGUGGUACAUGUUAUGGCGGAAGACCAGUGCGUCAGCGGUGGAAAUGGCAAUAGCGAGAGCAAGGGCGGAGACAAAGCGGGCAACCAGUAUGACGAGAGCUUCCCCAUAGUUAGCAAGAGCUCAUUCAAUGAUUUGAUCGAAUACAUCCGCCAGAGCACCGCGUGCGAGGUCAAAACGCACGAUCCCAGCAAGCCCCAGGUACGCCAGAGAGAGGACGACAUCAGGGCUUGGGACUACAGGAACAUUUGGUGCACCAAAUGCUACGGGAAAUGCCCUGUUUGCGAUACCUUCUGCUGCGUGUACGAGGAACUCCGGUCCGUAGUCACCGAUGAGGAAUGCGACCCUCUCUUAUCGCGAGAUCGAGGACGAAGCAUGGGACUCAUAGAAGUCGUGGGAGCCUACGUUAAGGACACAAGCACAUUCUCGUUGUGUACAGCGCCUGGAGGCUGCGGAAGGCACGUCUGCCCGUCCUGUUGCGGGGUGUGCCCAGAUGAUUGGUGCCAAGAUGUGCAAUGCAAGGUGAGCGACGACUGGUGUCUCUUUCUUUCAACCGGACCAGGCAAUUGGGCUGACAACCAUUUUCGCUCAGGAGUGCAAGGCAAAUCCUUGGGCGGAAUGCGACUGGCACGAGCGGUCGGUGGUGCGCCGUGUAGUGAAACGAUAAGACACGAUCAUGAUCAAGUGACGACUCCUCUAAUUUUUAAUAGUUUAUUGGUUGAUGCUUGGUUAUUAUUUUGAUCUUACAGGUGGAGAUUGGAUGGAUUGAGGAUGGUGAUUCUGGUAUCAUUUCGUCAUUCAUAUAGGGGCAUUAAUCUGAGAGCAUCGAGAACGAAUAUCUAUUGAAACAGCUCCGAUCCAGGUGUGCCAUCAUAGAGAGGUUAAGACCUUGAGUUCGGAUAAGAAACUAUCAUAAUGUUCCACAAGCCCGUGCCAAAACAAAAGUCAUCGACCGUAAAC